AUGUUGUCCUUCUUGAGAUUGGCAGUAAGCUCUGCACAUAGUGCACCCCAGGAACACAGAUGCGGUCCCUGCUGCAAAGACCAGACUGAGAGCCCACAGACAGAUGUGUAUUCCCAUCACCCGGGCUACUUCUCGCCAGCCAAAAAAAUGUGUCACACAUUCGAUAUUCUCACUCCAGAUGAGCGGCAGGACGCCAAGCUGAUGCCGACAGAUGUGUAUUCCCAUCACCCGGGCUACUUCUCGCCAGCCAAAAAAAUGUGUCACACAUUCGAUAUUCUCACUCCAGAUGAGCGGCAGGACGCCAAGCUGAUGCCGAAAGAAGACAUCAUGAAGGUGGUGUUCCAGUUGGUGGACUCCUGGAAUGAGGCCCUGCAGGAGCUGGUCGUGCAAGAGAAUCACCCACCAAAACUCUAUGAUAUUCUCUCAACUAAAGAUCAAAUAAUAUAUUUAAAAUACCAAGAGCUUAAAAAAGCCAUUAUCCAAAUAGGCAUCGAGCUUGAUCUUGAAGUUUCAGAGGAAAAGGUGGUUGCUCUGAGUUUGGACUUGAAAUCUUUGAAGUCAACUGAUGAAAAACAACAUCUGUUUACUGUUUAUAACAUGCUACGCUGCUUUGUUGAAGAUGCAGACAAGAUUAAAUUUCUUCUUUACUUCUUGAAGUGCCAAGCUGCCAAAAAAGACAAGUUCUGA